UGGAUUUAGAUUUAAUUUCAUUUGGAUAGUUAUUCCUUUUGCUUUACAGUUAUUUUUGCGACAUAUUUAAUUUAUUCACAGUAAGGUUUGACUAUGGCGAGUGGUUCGGAGGAGGUUUCCUCCAAAUUGGAGGAUGCUCCGGUAUUUGAAUUCCAGGAACUACUGGACCGCUUUGAAAAAGAAAGCGCAUCUGAAACUGAGGAACAAGUUAAUUCAAUUUAUGAAGACCCAAAUUUGCCUUCGAUCAUUCAAAAAGAGCUGAAUUUUUGCCAGAUUGGGAAUGGCGAUAACUUCCAAAAAAGAGCUUCAGUUUUUUCGCAGGCGCUUUUUAUGUUGACAGCAAACAGUGAUAAUUUUUGCAAAAAUUUGCAUAAAAAUGGAUCUGUGAAAAGCAUGCUCGAGCUCUUAGGAAAUCAGUUAAAAAUUCAACCAUCCGAAAGAACAGACGAAAAUUCGAUUAUCAAACUGAUUUUGGCUCUUUGCAAAACACUGGAAAUCGCCGUAGAUGCUAAGAGAACGUUCUUCGAAACGACUUUGGAAGUUCAGUCCGAAGAAGUCAUUUCUUCAACUGCAGAAACUUCAAAACUAAAAGUGUUCACACUUUUACUUCUCGCUAUUGCUUCUGACCGAGACGAAGUCAAAUCGUCAUCAAUUUUAAACGAAUCUCUACCUGUUAUUAGUCUUCUAAUUGGUAAUCUAUCCGAAACUCUUGAAAACCGUCAAGAAUUCUGGAUCGAAAACGUUGCUGCCAAUUUAGCUAGAAAACCAGCUUACGGAGCUGGCUGUUUUUUUAAAAUGCUCAUGAUAUUUUCUCGAACGGAACGCAACUCGAAUAUCCUCGCUCAGCAAACACCACUUCUGAAUAACUUACCAGUUAUUUUUGAUUGGAACAAUGACGACAUUUCUUACCCGGCAUUUGAGCUUCUGUGGGAAAUGAGCUUUUCAAGGCCAAAUUGGGAGUUUUUUUGUGGAAAUGGCGAAAUAAUGAACCAGCUUAAGGCCAUGGACACUGACCAUAGUUGUGACCCCAAUGAUGUCACAGUAGUAGGAAAGAAUAUAGUGUGGGAAAUUAAAUUGCAGGCGAAAUUGAUGAAGCAAAGAAACGAUGGCGCUAUGACCGACCCGAAAAACACUUCGAGAAAAAAGAAAGGAAAGGCCGCCAAACAAAUACAGAAAGCUCGCAGAAACUGUUGCUGUGAGCUCAUUAGCAAAUUACUAUGCUCAUGUCUGUGCGAACGUCUCUGCAAAUGCCUGGCGGAACAUGUCUGCCCCGAUCAUCCUUGUGCCGAGAAAGUGUGGGAUUGUUCAUGUGAAAAGCUGUGCAGAGUGCUAGCGAACAAAUGCUGCGCUCGGCUAUUUUCGUCGCAGUCAGACGAAGAAUCAACCUCUUCGAAUUCGAGUUCAAUCUCGGACCUGCAUGGCGGCGAUAACGAGGGCAAAAGUAGUCAGGACUGCUUGGUCACACCAGAAGGGAACCCAAGUCAGCAGCAGGAGCCUCAUCUGGCUGUUCCCGCGAGCCAGCAGGAAACCAACCAAACGAUGCCUCAAACUAUUGGUGCUAAACACAUCAUGAUAAGCUACUCGUGGUUGCAGCAAGAAACUGCCUUCAAACUUCGCGACUUUUUCCAGAAUCAUUCUGGAUUCAACGUCUGGAUAGACGAGGAUCGCGUGCAGUUAUCAUUGAGCGAAAAAAUGGCCAAAGCGGUUGAAACGUCCUACGCAGUCAUUCUUUGUCUGUCAGAAGAGUACCGGGUGAGUCAUAGCUGCAGGGCUGAGGCGUCAUACAGUUCUGUCCUUGGCAAACCUAUCAUACCAAUAAUCGCACAGCAGGGAUUUUCGCCUGUUAAUGGAUGGUUGCGCCCUGUCAUUUCGGAAUUGCUCUGCUAUGAAAUGUUUGAUGACGUCCAAUUCCAACACAAUAUCCCGAAAGUUCAGCAGUGUGUGAGAGAUAUUUAUGACAAGGCGGAAACAGGCCCAGACAGCGUGACUACGGCUGAAGUUAAUGAUUCACCAGAGCAGGGGUUGUUGGCCCCAAUAGUUGAGCAACCUAGAAACUACAACACAAUCACCUAAAUUUUAAUUUCAAUUGCAUGAAAUUGUAAACGAUAUAAUCAGAAGUUGCUGGUAAUGUAGAUACAUCUUUGGCCUAUUUGUUCCACCCUUCGAAGAAAGUAACGGAAUGUUUAUACUUGAGUUGAUUUUUCGUUCAGACCAAAUUCGGCGGUCAAAAUCAUAAUUUUCAAUAAAUCAUUUUGAUACCCUAAUCGAGAUAUCAAUUGAUAUUACCUAAAGGGUAGUUAUUAAAAUCUCUGGAUUAUAUGCGCUAUCAAGAUAUUAUUGUUUAUAUGCGCUAUCAAGGCGCCCAAAGUCAUUCCAGACUAUUUUGAAGCCAGUCAAUUGGACAUAUUAAAAUACUGUAACACUCCAAUAAUUUUUAAAUUUAAACUUUUCUAGUUAAUAUACAAAA